GCGUGUGGGCGGGGUCAGAGGUCUAGCGGGAAAGGCGGGGCGAGAAAGUUGGUCCUGGCGUGGGGCGGGGCUGUGGCCUUCCGGACCAGGUGGAGGCUGGAGCUUUUUCCUGCAAAGGGAGCAGUGUUGGAUGUUUCCUUAAGCUGUAAGGUGGGACCAGAACUUUCCCAAGGAACCCCCAGUGCUGUGUCCAGAUUGUACAGGGGAGGUUUGCUGGGACACUGGCCCCAGCUUGCCAGUGGAAUGUCAGCCACACUGGAUCUGAAAUCGAAGGAGGAGAAGGAUGCUGAGUUGGACAAGAGGAUCGAGGCCCUUCGGCGAAAGAAUGAGGCCCUCAUCCGGCGCUACCAGGAGAUUGAGGAGGACCGGAAAAAAGCCGAACUCGAGGGAGUAGCCGUGACAGCUCCCCGGAAGGGCCGCUUGGUGGAGAAGGAGAAUGUGGCAGUUGAGGCGGAGAAGAACUUGGGUCCCUCUAGGAGGUCGCCUGGGACCCCGCGACCCCCAGGGGCCAGCAAGGGAGGCCGGACGCCCCCCCAGCAAGGAGGCCGGGCAGGCAUGGGCCAGGUGGCGCGCAGCUGGGAGGACAGUUCUGGGGAGCAGCCUCGAGGAGGAGCUGGGGGCCGCGGCCGGAGGGGCCGGGGCAGGGGGUCCCCUCAUCUCUCGGGAGCUGGAGAUGCCUCAGCUGCCGACCGGAAGUCUAAGGAGUGGGAGGAGCGGCGGCGGCAGAACAUCGAGAAGAUGAACGAGGAGAUGGAGAAGAUUGCAGAGUAUGAGCGCAAUCAGCGGGAAGGUGUGCUGGAGCCCAACCCGGUGCGGAACUUCCUGGACGACCCCCGGCGACGCAGUGGGCCCCUCGAGGAGCCUGAGCGGGACCGCCGGGAAGGCAGCCGCCGGCACGGGCGCAACUGGGGGGGGCCCGACUUCGAGCGGGUGCGCUGUGGCCUGGAGCAGGAGCGGCAGGGCCGCCGGGCCGGCCUGGGUGGCGCGGCUGACAUGACGCUGUCCAUGACGGGCCGGGAGCGGUCAGAGUAUCUGCGCUGGAAGCAGGAGAGGGAGAAGAUUGACCAGGAGCGGCUGCAGAGACACCGCAAGCCCACUGGCCAGUGGCGGCGGGAGUGGGAUGCUGAGAAGACCGAGGGGAUGUUCAAGGAUGGCCCAGCUGCUGCCCUUGAGCCAUCCCACCGCUAUGAUGACCAGGCCUGGACUCGGCCCCCCAAGCCCCCCACUUUCAGGGAGUUCCUGUCCCAGCACAAAGCUGAGGUCAGCCGCAGGAGGAGGAAGAGUAGCCGACCCCAGACCAAGGCAGCCCCUCGUGCUUACAGUGACCAUGAUGACCGCUGGGAGACGAAGGAGGCAGUGUCCCCAGCACCUGAGGCCCCACAGCCCACUCCACCUGAGGAGACUCCCACGCAGCCGCUCGAGACCCCAGCUCCUCCUGCCCACCGGCCCCCUGAGGAUGAGGGGGAGGAGGACGAGGGGGAGGAGGACGAGGGGGAGGAUGAGGAGUGGGAAGACGUGAGUGAGGAAGAGGAGAUUGAGGAGGAAGAAGAGGCUGAUGAGGAGGAAGAAGAACCAGCCCAAGACCAUCAACCCCAAGAGGCUGAGCCCACCGGAAGCCCUACCAGAAGCCGCACCGGAAGUCCCACCGGUGAGCAGGCUGACAAAGGGCAGUCCAGGCCAGAGGAGCCCCCGCCACUGCCCCAGGCCCCUGCCACGCCUUCUAGCCCCUUUUCACCCCCUGGGGACCACCAGCCCGUGUCUGACUGGGGUGAAGAGAUGGAGCUGAAUUCUCCCCGGGAUGCCCACCCGGCCAAUGCCCUGUCUGCGGGUGAGGCCUGGCCUUUCGGAAAUGCAUGAAGCUGGCUGCUUGUGUGUGUGUGCUCGAGGGCUGCACUCGCAGGGGGAACGUCAGGGGCUGGGCCCUGGGACCCUGUGUGCCCCACCGCCCUGGUGGCUAGGGAGGACAGUCCAUGCCUAUCUCUGAAAUGCCCCCCCCCCCGCUCUGGGCCACAGAGCCCCCUCCCCAAUAAAGAGUUCACAUCCUCAAAUGAUAUUCCCCA